GUUUUCAAGAAGCGGGUAUAUGAAAGUCCGAAAAUGUCAAGUCUCAGCUCACGAAGUUCUCGCCGGAGGGGUGCAACAAACGACGAACAGUUGUCAGGUGACCUGUUAAGUGCUGGAACUACGUUUGAACGAACUGGGGAAUCAAGUCGUACACGUGGGAGAACACGGCGUAAUCGGUCAGGACACACCGAGCCUACAAGCAAUGCAGAACCCACAUCCGGUCUUCGUACAUCCGAAGUGGAGCCGGGUAGUCCUUUAUCAUACAGCGAUAUGUCUAGUGUGGCGACUGGGGUCGAAGAUGUUUUGAGUUCAGUUCGACCUGGCGUCAAUGAUGAAUUGGCCGUUCGUGCUGUUUUGUCUCAAUCUGGACCUCUUGUUCCUGCAACAGGUGUCCCUGGUACUACUGAUGGGUCGACUGCUAGUGGACCUCAGACUGUAAUAUGGGGUACCGAUGUAAACAUUGCUCAAGUGAUGUCAAGAUUUAAACACUUCCUAUUGACCUACAUCCCUCCAGACUUAACCGGUCAACCGAAUCUAACAACAGGUCAACCCAUAAAUCCACAAAGACCUCUUUAUAUCCAACGAAUGGAAGAUCUUGCAAUAUCAGGUUCGACUGCCUUAGACAUUGACUGUGAACAUCUUCGUUCUGCCAGGCCAGAUUUGUAUACGCAGUUGGUAACAUUUCCGAAGGAAGUUAUUCCAGCAUGUGAUGCUGCUACACACGCCUUAUUUUUAGACCGUUUCCGGGAAGUCCAGUUGGAAAGAUCAAUACAGAUUCGUCCAUUCAAUUGUGCAAGAUCUCGAGAUCUACGCAGUCUUGAUCCAGAUGAUCUUGAUCAACUUGUAACUGUCUCUGGUCUUGUAAUACGUUUAUCCCCGCUCAUCCCUGAAAUGAUGCGUGCAGAGUUCAAAUGUGCCAUCUGUGGUGCAAUGACAUCUGUUCCAUGUGAACGUGGUCGUAUUGCAGAACCAGAAGCGUGCAUACGUUGUCAUUCGGCUCAUACAGCUCAACUACAACAUAAUCGAUGUUUAUUUGUGGAUAAACAAAUGAUUAAAUUACAGGAAUCUCCAGAAAAUAUGCCUGCUAGCCAGACUCCUCAUACAGUACUUAUGUAUGCUCACGAAGAACUUGUUGAUAAAAUUCAACCGGGUGAUCGUGUUAUCGUUACGGGUAUUUAUCGUGCAAUACCACUACGAAUGUCUAACCGACAACGUACUCUUAAAGCGGUUUACAAAACAUAUAUAGAUGUUCUUCAUUUUCUCCGAGAAGGCGAUGACCGAGUUCAAAAUGAUGGGCUCGCUACUGACGAAAAUACUUCUAUUGAGGAAGCACAUAUUUUACGUCAAUUCACGGAGGAACGUAUUGAAGAAUUUCAUACAUUGGCUCGUAAACCUGAUUUAUAUGAACGACUUGCUGCUGGUAUCGCACCAACAAUUUAUGAAAACGAAGAUAUUAAAAAGGGUAUUCUCCUACAAUUAUUUGGCGGUACACGUAAAGACUUCAGUGCUAAAGGACGUGGUGAUUUUCGUUCUGAAAUCAAUAUACUUUUAUGUGGUGACCCAGGUACUUCAAAAUCUCAACUUCUGCAGUAUGUAUACCGUCUUACUCCUCGUGGUCAAUAUACUUCUGGCAAGGGAAGUUCUGCUGUUGGUUUAACGGCCUACAUUACAAAAGAUGCAGAAACGCGUCAAUUAACACUGCAAACUGGAGCAUUAGUGUUGGCUGAUAAUGGGAUAUGUUGUAUCGACGAAUUCGACAAAAUGUCCGAUUCAACUCGUUCUGUACUACACGAAGUAAUGGAACAACAAACUUUAAGUAUUGCUAAAGCUGGUAUUCUUUGUCAACUUCAUGCUAGGACUUCAAUUUUAGCAGCUGCUAAUCCAAUCGGUUCUAAAUGGGAUCCUAGCAAAACGAUUAUUGACAAUAUACAGUUACCUCAUACUCUUCUAUCAAGAUUCGAUCUCAUUUUUCUUAUAUUGGAUCCACAAGAUGAAGUUUACGAUACAAGAUUAGCCAGACAUUUGGUUGGGUUGUAUUAUCGUGGUACUACUCCAAGUCAGAUUGAUAGCAGUCAGGAUAUUCCAACCAACAGUAAUAAUAAUACUCGAGGUACACGUAGACCGCGUCCAGGAGCUGUUCUACUGGACAUGGAUAGUCAAACUGAUGAUGAUCCAUCAUUUGUAAACGGGAAACUCUUGAAGGAUUAUAUAGCCUAUGCUAAGGUAUUCAUUGUUGUACCACUUACAAAUUUUAAUCCUUAAGGUAGACACAGUCAACUUUCAGUGAAAUUUACCCAAAACAUUUAAACAGAGAGGCCUUGUAGUAUGAAUAAUAAUGAGUUCAAAUAGAAAAUCUGUUUUGAUAAUUCUAUGCUUACCUUAACAGUUAAGUAUAUCCUAUGUUUCUAAAAGAUAUGUUUAUUGAAUACCUUACAAGGUUUUUUUUACCAAUUGAAAUCGUUUGUACUCAUUUCAUACUUUAAGAGCAUUAGUCACUGAAUAAUAACUAAUACAAUACUGUUUUUAUGUAAAACUACUACUAUGCACCAUUGGUUUGAAAUCAGAGUUUUCCAACUCCCCCAAGUGGGCCCUCCAUAUCCACCAAACCGGUUAAAGCACCAAACAUUCGCUUUUCGUCCUCUCAGUUUCGUGGACAACACCCCCGCUACGAGAAGGCGGUGAGUAGGACUUCCUUAUCAAUGUGUGUAUAUGCGUGGCCAUUUGAGAGCAUUUGAGAGGUAGAGGUAACUUUCCCAACCCUCGGUUGUGCCAGGGUAUUUGGAGGUCGGUGAUUUCAAAAUAUAUUUUACUUAAAUUAUUGUCUCGCGUAAUACAAAUAGAGUAUUCCCUCUUCAAUAGGUUUGCAAAUAUAUACUCCUACUAACUGAUAAUCGAUUGUAAUCAUAUGUCUUUUUUAUUUGGACGAUGCAUUUGACUUUGCUAAUCGGGAGUUCUUUUCAAUCAGUGAAAGGUAUAUUAAUAAAUCACAUGAAUAUGUUGAAAUUCCUCUACUUGAGCACUUGAUCGCAUCAUAUUUUAUGGCAAACUGUUUUAUCCAUAUUAUGUUUUGUGGCCGUUUAAUUCUGCUGUUAAUAUAUGUGCUUCUUAUACGCGAGUUUAAUGAACUACUUGAGUGAAAAAAACCAGGAGUAAGUAGAAAGAUUCUGUUAGUUAACCGAAUCGAGAAUAUAUAUCCACAACACAUUCUUAAACGUAGAUGUAUGUCCUUCAGAUAACGAAGCCAAAUCUUAACCAGUAGGGUUUGCGUCUGUCAGCAUCUCAUGAUCAUUUGCUGUAUGCACGAUUAGCCCAGCGUGUCAAUCUAUUUUUUCCCUAGGCAUUCUUCUAGAAUUAAUAAGCAUUCACAUUAAGUCCUUCAUCAGAACCGUAAAAUGUUCAAUAACAAAUGAAGGCAGAUUUUCUUAGUAAUCUCUAGUAACAAUAAUAACCAAUAAAAAUGAUAUUUCCACCUUAAUUUAUGUUUAAGAUGAAGUACUUUCCCAAACUAACGGAAGAAGCCGGUGAAUAUUUAGUUCGUGAGUAUGUAGAAAUGCGAAAACUGGGUUCAGGUCGUGGACAGAUAUCCGCAUAUCCUCGUCAACUUGAAUCACUUGUACGUUUAGCUGAAGCUCAUGCUCGUUUACGAUUAUCAAAUCAUGUUACGGCUGAUGAUUGUCGUGAAGCUCGACGUUUACAACGUGAAGCGUUAAAACAAGCAGCUAUUGAUCCGCUUACUGGUACUAUCGAUAUCAAUAUUUUAACAACAGGUAUCAGUAGUAGUGUACGUAAACGACGUGAAGAAAUGGCAAUGGCAAUAUGGUCACUUCUUGAAGAACGUCCUCGUGUAUUAACUUUUGUUUAUUCACGUGUACUAGAAGAUUUACGUGCACGUUCUGAACGUAUGAUUACACGUGAAAAUUUUGAAGAUGGAUUAAAUUUCUUAAAAAAUACAAAUAAAAUUGAUUGGGCCGGAAAUACUAUACGUAAACGUUAGAAAAACAACAACUUUUAAUGAUCUUUUUUUGUAUGCAAUUGUAAUUCUAUUCGAAAAAAACUACAACAACAAAAACUUUUACAGUGCAGAUUUUCGUAUUUUUUGUAUUUUUGUUUGUUUGUUUAAAUAAAGUGUUUAUUACCU